AUGACGAAUAGAAUUUCUCAAUUCCCAGUGUUGACCACGGACGAAUUCAAGAUUGCAAGUGCUACACUCUCCAGGAGAUUUGAGCAGCUUAAUUCUUCACAGAGCACGUGGCUGUCUGUGAACGUGCUUCGAGAGGAACAAUGUACAUUUCUACAAAUUCUGAAAGCCCGACCCGACCUCAAUGAAUCCACUACAAACAUCCAUGGGAGUGCAGAGCCCUUGCCGAUCGAGGAUGAUGACGAAGAAGAAGUGCUCCAAAAUGUGCGACCGUCGUCAGUGGUGAUAACUUACGACGUCCUACUCUCCCCAAGCUACCAAGUGCCAAUGCUCUACAUCAGCUUCAUAGAUGCGCAACAUCGUUAUCCACCAACAAUGGAAACACUCUAUAGAUACCUCAUACCGAGACAGUUCACAGAGCAAAUAAACAGUGUAGGCAUUAUUGGCGGUAUUACGAUAACGGACCAUCCACUCACGGGCUCACCUGUCUUCUUCAUACAUCCCUGUCAAACAGCUGCGGUCAUGGAAGCCAGCGUGGGUAACAAGGAACUGACACCCGUCGAGUAUCUCAUGGUAUGGAUUGGGGCCAUGGGUGGAUGCGUCGGCUUGAACAUUCCAAUUGCAUUAGCUCAAAAUGAUGAUACCCCGUGCAGCGAAUAG